UCGACAACAUUACAUCGCCUUGCGCUGCACCCUGCUCAUGCAACUGUCGAAAUCGGGUUUCGCUGUAGCCAUAUACUGUGACUUGCCAUCAUGGUCGGUAUUCCAGGCAGGUCCAAGGGCUGCGCCACAUGUCGGCGGAGGAAGAAAGGGUGCGACCAAGCGAUUCCCGUCUGUAGCCAGUGCAAAAAGUCGGGCCUUCGAUGUGGCGGAUACAGCAGAGACCUCACGUUUGUUCACUCUGCCGUGCAGUGCAGUGUUCUGAGCUCGAACAACGGCGAUGGCUCAACACGUACUCCGCAGCGACCAUGGCUCGCACGAUACGCGAAACCGUCAACUGAGGCGAAGAUCAUCAUACAAGACUCGUUGAUCAGAUCGGCCAGGGAACAACUGUACCUGGGGCACCUCUGGGACGUGAUGCUUCCGAAGGGUCAUCGUGCAGCAGUUGGAAGUGCACGGCAAGGCGAUACGGGUUGGGGUACCCUCAUAUCCAGUCUGUACGACAAAGAGCCGAGCCUUCGAUAUGUUGUCGUUGCGACAGCCAUGGGCUGCCUCUCAUUUUCGGGGACUGGCAGACGGGAUAUGUUGAUCAAGUCACUCGAAUCGUACACCGCAGCCGUGCGGGAAAUUGGGAAAGAAUUAAAGGGGCAGGCAGCGUAUGAAAGGGACGGACUAGUCGUUGCAUCUGCUCUCAUGGCUUCGUUUGAGCUUGUCUUUGUCGUCAACGACGAACCUACGGCCCUGGCAUGGGCUGGCCACAGCGAAGGACAAUUGGCAAUGUUUCUCGCAAGGGGUCCAGAAGCUUUCACCAAUGGUGUUGCUCACCAACUCUUCGUCGACAGCCGCAUCAACAUGGCCAUGCUAGCCAUUGGAAAACGACAGUCAUCGCCGCUGAAUGACAUGAAGUGGAAGACAAUUCCCUGGAGGACUCAGAAGAAGUCUUUGAAAGAUAGCCUCAUGGAUAUAAUCCUUGAUAUCCCGCAGCUAUUGGAGCAAUUGACGAUAUUGCAGGCCUGUUCAUGUCCCGUCGGAGGCAAGGUUCAGCGGAGUCAAUUGCUUAACGCCUGUGAAGGGGUUGAGUCCGCAUUGGCUCGGUGGGCCUCACGUUUCGGCACACAGAUUCUGAAAUUCGACUACACCGUCACUGGCCUGCCUUUACCCACCCCUUGCGACGGUAGCGAGUUCUCUCUGCUUCAUUCAUCGAUUAUAUACUGGUUUACUGGCAUGAUGCUCUUUUCGGUCAAGAGUAUUGCGUUGAAUUUGACAACGCCUGAUGGCAUCGAGAUGCUUCAGGUAAAUGCCUUGGCAAGAAAGUGUGGAAGGGCCAUUCCACUUCUUUUUGAGUCAUCUGCGGGUCUAUCGGAGAACAUUUCGGGACUUAUGGCACUUAGUGUCGCUAUACGAUACUUUGCGGUCACGGAACUCCCUGGCCAGCAAAGUGAAGAGGCUCGGGGGCUUGAAAGUCUGCUUACAAAGACACUUGCCGGAACAAGCGUCCAUAAGUUGCUCAAGAGAAUUAACGGGGGAAGAGAUGCGGUAUUAGACAACGAGACCGAACAACCUCAGCAUACACGUAUGCUUGGCUGGUUGUAAUAAUUCGCAGAGGAACUUGUACUCCCUCAAGCAAGCAUUUGCAGGCAGAUAGUCGUCCCGCCCGCAAAGGAAUAAACCAAUCUGUGCAUUCUGCCGGUCACUCGUUACUCCUCACCGUCGCUGCGUGAACCCGCGUGGGUGAAUAACGAGCGCUGGUAGCAUCACGGUCCCUUUAUGUAGGGUUAUUUCGGACGCGUUGGGGGGCACUGCGGCUGGGGGGCGGUGACACACACGUGGUGCCAUCGAGGCAUAU